CGGCGGCACCAGCGAGUGGGAGCGGUAGCGUGAAGGCGGCGCCUGCCGGCGUGCUGGCCUUCACCACCUGGAGCACCACCAGCAGCAGCAGCACCAUGGCCGGUACGGCAGCAGGCGGGGGCGCGGCAGGCUGGGCCGCAGCGGAGCCGCCCCCGGCAGCCGCCUCGGGCAGCGGUAGGGCCCCUGCGGCCGCCAGCAGCCGGCCAGUAGGCGCAAUCAACACAGCCAGCAACGCCAACGUCCCCGGGUCGCUACCCGCGGCUCUUGGCGGAGGUGCGCCAGGCCCCCAGUGGCAGACCCAUGGGGCUGCAGCUGGCGGCAAUAGCAGCAGCGGCAGCAGCAGAGCAGGUGCUAGUGAUUGGCCGGUAGGGUCAUCGGGUCCCAAUCAGCCCUUGGGGUCGCUGCAACCGCCAAUGGUGCAUGGCUGCUCCAAUGGCGGCGCUGCUCCAGCGGGUGUGGCUGGGGGUGCUGCCUGUCGGGAUGCAGCUGCUGGGGCCACCUGGGCAGGCGGGGCAGGGGCUGCUGGAGUGGGUUCUUUAGCGGUAGAUGCAGGCAGCGGAACAGGGAUAGGAUCCGUGUCAGGGGUGCUGUGGCAGGGGCAAGGGCAGGGACAUGCAGCCAGCAGGGUUAGCGCGGCGCCGCACGCGGCUGCGCCCUCAGGCGACCCUUUUGCUGGACUGGUCGCCGCAGCGACUACCUCUAGCAACUACGGUGGUGGGUCGUGUGGGAGGGGGGCCGGAAUGGACACCCCGGGCGGUUCGCAGUUCGCGGGUGUCGGGUUGGCCUCCUCCCAAGGCUACCCGCCGCCGCCCUCGCACCAACCCUACGGGGCCUCCAGCGCAUGGUUGACUUCACCCGGGACAGGGAAGGCAACAGGCAUUGGGGUGUUGGGGAAGCCGGCAGGAGCGGCUGCGGGUGUUGGGGCGACUGGAGGGCAGUCCAGGUUGGCUGUACAGGCGGGAGCGGGAGGUAGCAAUAUAGGGCCUGUGAAUCUCAUGGACUUAUAAUGAGAGGCAUGGUGCUGCAACACAUCCCGAGUAGUGAUUCCCCUAUUGCUAUGAAUUCCACUGCUGCAAGCAAGGACGAGUUGCAACAUUGUAAGCGAGACAC